UAAUUAAAGCAAGCCCAAAUAUUAAAACAACGAAACCGACCUCCCUGUAAUUUCCACCCCAAAUCCGGCGAGCAGCGCCGCCGUCGUGAUAGCAGCAAUACCACUUGAAUUCCAUUCGACGUGAUAGCUGUUAACUCUGUGAAGUUUGUUUUUGUUAUAGUUCGGAGAAAAAUACGAUCAACGAUAGUCGACAGUAAAUCAGAAUUUAUUUUCCUUUUUCUUUGCAGCGUGCACGAAUUCUCUUAUUUUCUUUGAAGCAGAAAAUGGCCCCCAGAUGGAAAGGCAAAACAGGUGAAGCAAAAGAGCCAAUGUCUGUUAUAGUCUCAAAGCUUCAAACCUCUCUGAUCGAAUCUAAUGCUCAAGGACUGCUUUCAGGGUGUGUGGUGCUUCUGGAAGCUCUCCCAGAACAAACUGAACUACUAUACCGUGCUUGUAUUGGUCGUCCUCUUAUAACCGCAGAGAAGGAUAAGCAGUGGCACCAACUAAGUUUCGAAGAAGCUCUGUACUUAUGCUCUGUCUUGAAAUGCAUCAAGGUUGCUGGUGAAAAUAAGAGUGUGAAAAGCGAUGAAGAGCUGUGGCAUUACAUGGUGGCCAAGAGAGUCAGUUUCCCUGUUAUGUUUAAAGCGUAUUCUCAUCUUCGCAGGAAGAACUGGGUGGUGAGAGCAGGGUCGCAAUACGGUGUCGACUAUGUUGCCUACCGUUACCAUCCAGCCUUCGUGCACUCUGAAUACGCAGUCCUUGCCUUGCCUGAUGAUGACGAUGGUGAUGGUGAAAAUUCCCGGUUGAAGGUGUGGUCUGAUUUUCACUGCACACUUCGACUUUGUGGCAGUGUUGCAAAAACCAUGUUGGUUCUUCACAUCAGCAGAAACGGUGAAGACGCUACCGUCUCUCUUUCGGGUUUGGAGCAUUAUUCUGUGGAGGAGAGGAUUGUGACAAGGUGGAAUCCUGAGGUAAGUCGUGACACUAAUUGAGUAUGAUGUAAAUUAUCCAUUUCAAGCAUAAUGUAUGUAGAUAAAUUGUGCGACGAUGUGAUUGUUUACAUCAGCGCUCCUGCUGAUCCAAUUACGGUUAGAUAUUUUUCGAUUGCGAAA